CUAAUUGAUAACCACCCGUUUGACUUAUCUCUCUUUUACUCUUUCUCCUCCAUUCGCGUAAAGAUCGCCACCAUGCCGUCCUACACCGCUCAAUCUUCCUCCGCCACCGCCGUCGCCAAGCGCGACCUCGCCACCCUGCUCGACGCCGCUCGGCCCUUCCUCCGCGGCGAGCUCGAGAGCGUCGACCCCGCGCUCCCCUCCCUCCUUGCCGUGCUCCGCUCCGUCGGCGCCGGCGAGUGCUGGCACAAGCACAGCACCUUCCUCGCCCACCUCACCGACGUCUACCGCGCCCUCAAGAUCUGGUGCGCCCCUGACCCCGUAGCCCGCUGCGGACUCUUCCACUCCGCCUACUCUAACUCCUACGUCAACCUCGCCAUCUUCGACCCCAACACCGGCCGCGACGAGGUCCGAUCCCUCAUCGGCGCCCCCGCCGAGCGCCUAGUCCACCUCUUCUGCAUCGUCCCCCGGCAGCUCCUCAUCCACGACCGCCUACUCUUCCACUACUCCGACGCCGAGCUCGCCGACCACCUCCUCCUCGCCGACGAGUCGCUCCGCCGGGCGAGGGAGGAGGGCGCGUUCGACUCCGCCGAGCCCUGGCGGGCGAAGCUGCGAGCGCUGCUCCCGGCGGAGGGGAUCCGCACGGAGCACAUCAAGACAGGGGACGCAGUACCCCUGUCGCGGCGCGUGGCGGCGGCCUUCCUCCUGAUGACCAUGGUCGACUUCGCCGAUCAGCUUUUCGACUUUCAGGACAAGCUCUUCGACAACGACGACGGCCGGCUGACCUUCCGCGGGAACAGCAGGACCGCUCUAUGGCCCGGCGAGGGGAAGCCCGGCCUCUGGCUCAACUCCAUCUCGCGGAUGGGGGUCCUCUACUCCCUCAUAGUCCGUGAGGAAGAGAUCUACGCGGAGGAACGGAAGCGAAGCUCCGCCGCCUCCGCCUCCGCCUCCGCCUCCGCCUCAUCCCAGUCCGGCGCUGAAAGAGAUGAAGACCUGGAACUGAUCACCCCGCCGGUAUUCGACAACUGCACCAGGAUACUGGACGCAAAGGAUCAGGCCGAGGCGAGGGACUUGUACUGGGAGGCAGUGUGCUCGUCGGACAAGGAGCAGCAGAGGGCGGCGAAGCUGCUGGCGGAGAGCUGCGAGAAGAACCCAUUCGUGGGGGAGCCACACCUGGUGCUGGCGCAAGUGUAUCUGGCCAUGGCAAGGUUCGAGGAGGCGGAGAGGGAGGCAGAGAAGGGGCUGAAGCUGUUGCUGGAAUGGGGGAGCAGCUGGGACAAGAGGAUGAGCUGGGAAGGGUGGGUGGCAUGGGGGAGGGUGCUGCUCAUGAAAGCCAAGGAGAAGACAUGGCCAGAGACCUCAUGGGGGAUCCUCAAUCUCGGCCUAGUCGACUAAAAUGCUCUGUUGCAGUAUCAUCAGAUAUCCAACUUACGGACGAUAGGCUCGGCUUAUGAAAACUUUUCAUCUACCAUCGUAAUAAAUUGAAAAACGCUCAUAUCACAAAUACUCCAUCAAUCCAAACCGUCUAGUAAAAAAAAAGUUAUUCAUUAGUUCA